GAACUGCAGAAGCAGGAACCUGGAGUUUAAAUGAAUGGCGAGUCAAUGCAAUGUCCUCCUUUGGAGUUUUAUAUUAUUUUCUUGCUGUUUUCAUUUCUGGAGCCUUUGACAAAGCUCUAACAGCAGUGAUCCAAACACAGCAGACUGUGCUGGCAGCAGUGGGAGAAGAUGCUGAAUUCAGCUGUCAGCUCUUGGACACUAAAGACGUCCUUCAGGUCACAUGGCAGAAAAUCUCACAUGAUGUGGAGACAAAUGUCGCCACCUACAGCAAGCACUAUGGUCAGAGAGUGAAUGAUGGCUUUACAGAGAAAUUUAAGUUUAAACAUACUGAACUACAGAACUGCUCCAUAGUCAUCAGGAAUGUGAUGGAGCAGGAUGAAGGAUGCUAUCACUGUCUGUUUAACACUUAUCCUGACGGCUCCCUGACAGGGAAACCCUGCCUCCAAGUCUAUGAGCUGCAUGAACCUGUUGUUGAUGUCAGAGAGUCAAACUCUACUGAAGAGUGGGUUGUUUCCUGUUCAGCCACUGGUCGACCUGCUCCCACUGUAACACUCAGUGUCUCACAACAAGACCUCAGCUUCUCACAGUACAACACUGUCAGUGUGUCCAACACCAACGCUACAUUCACUGUCACCACUACAGCUGUGCUCUCAGGUUCACGUAAACACAGCACACAGGUGGGAUGUGCAGCACGAGUGCUCUCUGCUCCUCACAGAGAGGUGAUGGUGACGAUUCCUGAUGAUGCUGGUUUGGAUAAGAAGUCAGGAUCUAAUCAGAGAAAUUUAGGAAUCCGGAUUUCAGUCAUUCUGUCGUCUGUGGUGUUGGUGCUCUGUGUUGCUGCACUCAUCCAUGUCAGAGAGCUCGUGGUGAAUUAUAACUGAAACAAGAAACACUCAGGAAACUGGACCAUUUUCAGUCAAAUGAAGGGACACUCAGACACUCAGUGGCAGAAGGCAGACACCUCCUGAGGAGUGUCAGUUCAUUAUGCCAGAGUGUUACUUUUUUUUUUUUAUCUCUGUACUUUGUGCUGUUUAUUUAUUUUUUGUAUAUCUUUGAAAUGGUGCUGUUUAUAAAAAGUCAUGUUUUGGUGUUUUGUCAGAUAUUUAAACAUUAAGUUACUUGAAAUGUGAACUGUGAAAACGAGCAUGAGUGGCUAACAUGAACCUUUCUCAUCAAUAACUUUGAUUAAAUUGAUUUCAUUGAUUAAAUUGAGACUACCAGAGACAACUACAAUGAAAACUGCACUGUGCUUUUGUAAAUAACAACACUUUUCCACCUGAAAUUGCAGAAAAUGGCAGCUGAAGGUCUCUGUUUGUUCACUGUGAACAUGUUAUGCUCAAUUUAUUACUACAUGUAUUGUUAAAAAAAACAACACAUACAUUUGUGUUCAGUUACUCAGACCAGGAAUAUUUAUCACCUUAGUAAUGUAAGACCAUCCUAGUGCGAGUCAAGUAUUGUUUUAAUAAUGUUUUAAUGUUUUUUUUAUCUGCAAACAUUGCACUGCUCAUCAGAAAGUGUAAAGAAACAUUUGACGCUUUUGCUUCUUCUCCGUGUCAAACCGGACUUAAUGCAAAACACUCCUUAUUGUCUCCAUGUAGUUUUGCAGGUAUGCUAUCUGUUGAUAUGAGUUACCUUUCCACACAUAAAGACAGCAAUUUUCAGGCUUACAGCUCGUCAGUCUAAACACAUGCAGACUGCUGUUAUUCUCACUGUACUGCUGACUGACACAUUUUCAAAAGUAAAUAAAUUUCACAAAGUCAA